AUGCUUCGCGAGCUUUCGUGCCUCCGCUUGCAACCCAACCUCAUCACGUACAACGCAAACAUCACAGCUUGUGGCAGGAGUUCAGAGUGGCAGCAGUCACUGGCCCUUUUACAAGAAGCUCAGCACAGAAGCCUCCAGCCUGACUGCACAUCCUAUAACGCUACCUUUACGGCCUGUGAGAGGGGCUCGGCCGUGCAGGUGGCUUCUGAAGUGCUGUCACACAUGCAUGCUUCUGCUAUUCCAGCAGACCUGUACACCUACAACGCAAACAUCAGUGCUUGUGGUAAGGAUGCGAGGUGGGAGCUUGCCACGUCCAUCCUUUUUGCGCUUCCAAAGCAGACUCAGCCGGAUGCGGUAACCUACGGAGCUGCCCUCAGCGCGUGCGAAAAGGCAUCGCAGUGGCUGGCAGCUGUGGCGCUCCUCAGGACGAUGUCUUUGACAAGGCUGCAUCCCAACGUCAUCGUCUACAGCACGUCCAUCAGUGCCUGUGCCAAGUCCUCUCAGUGGCAGUCUGCUUUGCAUAUCCUCCAAGAAUUGAAGGCACUCGUCUUGAAGGCCGAUGUGGUGGCAUACUCUGCGGCAAUCAGUGCCUGCAAGAAGGGGGCAGCUUGGCAGUCGGCUCUCGACCUCCUAGUGCACAUGAAGCGGUAUGGCCCACAACCCAACAUCGUUUCAUACACCGCCAACAUGAAUGCUUGUGAGCGAGGCUCCCAGUGGCGACUAGCGUUGCAGCUGCUGCAGGAACUCCGAGGACGCUCGCUGCAGCCCACUCUGGUAACCUACGGAGCUGUCAUGACGUCUUGUGCCAGAGGCUCUCUGUGGCAGUAUGCAAUGGCAGUCCUUGACGAGAUGCGAGACGCAGCCGUCAGCCCUGACUCACUGGUCUUCAGUGCGUGCGCGGGAGCAUGUAGACGGGGUUCCCAGGGACAACUUGCGCUUCUGCUUGACCAAAUGCUCUUGGAAUGCAUGUGCCACGUGUGCAGAGAGAGCCUUCUUGCCACGACAGACUUGCUUGUUGCCGCGUGCAAACAUGCCGCCAAGAGCUUGCAUACUGCAGGCAGCUGUACAUAG